AGCCUUGUUCUCCACUGGUUUCCAUUUUCUUUCUUAUCUUAUGUUUUUGGCCGUUGUCUCAACAUUUACCGCAAGGAUUACCGUCAAGCCAGACCUGCUUGUGUGCUUCCUCAGAGGGUCUUUCAUCUUUUUCUCAUGCGUUUUUCUCAGCUUUGUGUUUUUAUCCAUUGAAACAUGCCACGCUCAUUUUUGGUGAAGAAGAUCAAGCUUGAUGAUUUCUCUUCAUCCAAUGUGGCCACUUCCAAUCAUCAUCACCACCACCACCACCACCACCUGGACGACUCGUUCACUUUUGCACGCUCCAUCACAGACUCGGUGACCAGCCUUGGGGUUCGUCUCAGUGAGAAUGGCUACAUCCAGGAUUACAUCACGCCAUCUGUAUACCAGGGGGAGAAGAAGAUGGAGCACAAGCUGGCUUCGCCGGUGUCAGAUCCCCUCUACACCCAGGUGAGCAGCGGAGAGGAGUACUGUGACCCCGACCUGAAGCAACCCGACAGCCCCCAGUCUGGCAUGACAGCCAGCGGCUUCUACAGCGGUGAAUCGGAGGCCCUGGCCGAGGGUUACACCAUGGACGCCUUCUUCAUCUCUGAUGGGCGCUCGAGGCGGAAGGCAGACAGCGAGAGUCGCGAAGGGGGCUCGAGAAGCAGCAGCGCCAAUGGCGGGGCUCAGGAGAAGGGAGCCGGCACGGCACGCCACUCCUGCAACGAGUGCGGCAAGACGUACGCCACCUCCUCCAACCUCAGCAGACACAAGCAGACGCACCGCAGCCUGGACAGCAAGAUGGCCCGCAAGUGUCCCACCUGUAAUAAAGUGUACGUGUCCAUGCCGGCGUUGGCCAUGCACAUCCUCACCCACGACCUCAAGCACAAGUGCAACGUGUGCAGCAAGGCCUUCAGCCGGCCGUGGCUCCUUCAAGGUCACAUGCGCUCACACACGGGGGAAAAGCCCUUUGCCUGCGCACACUGUGGCAAAGCCUUUGCUGACCGCUCAAACCUCCGCGCCCACAUGCAAACACACUCUGCCUUCAAGCACUACAGAUGCAAGCGCUGCAAUAAGACCUUUGCUCUCAAGUCCUACCUGAACAAGCACUAUGAGUCAGCUUGCUUCAAGGGCUCUGCGGACGAAGACGACUCUGGAUCAGAAAACUAACCACGAAGGAAAAAGCUAAAUUUUGAACCCCUGUUGUAGGUUCACAACCAAUAACCCUGUUCACUCUGCCCUCCAUGCCUUUUUUCUUCCCUUUUUUUAGAAAGCAAUAUUUUCACUGAGAUUACGUGAAGAAACUGAUUAUGGCAAAGACAAUUUCAAAAGAUGCUGGAUUUUUCCCCCCUGCACAGUAGCUAAUCGUCCACAGAAACAUACAAUCAAUCAGACAACCUUCCCCCAAAUAGAGACAGUAGAUGAUAGUUGUACACAAUUAAGCAACAUGUGCUCGCGCGGACGUGGGUUCAUGUACACACACAGACAUGUAUGCAAAUAGACACUUGCACGUACGCACA